CCUUGGCCAGGUCUCUCGUGUAAAAGAUGUUUCUUUGUCUCAGUGGGACUUACGGUUAAAGGGAAAAGGGCGACUUGACGCUAGCUGGUUCACGAGCUGCACCUGGCGCGUGCCCAGGUUAACGUAGACAUCUAUGGCGAGUUACUUCCUGAAUUCCUGUGACUUGAAUCAAGAAAUUUAAGAUAGCAGCUGGUUGAGUUUUCGUGUGUACAGCGCCCAGACAACCGCUUGGCCACUCAACUGUCACUUCUGUGUGUUUGUAUGGGACCAGGCGGUAGUAAGAGUAGAUAGUCCUAAAUGUGCUGUUACUCUGAUGGAUUUUUUCACCGCGUUAAAUGAUGGUUUAGCAGUUUGUAAUAUCUCCUGUGGAAACGGUGUCUGGGCUGGCCAGAACUGUACUUUUGGUCAGCAUCUGCAGUGUUUGGUCUUAAAUGUGACAGACCACAUCAACGCAUCCAGCCUCGCUAUGGGUCAGGACAGAGGGAAGUAUGAUUUCUACAUCGGUCUGGGAUUGGCCAUCAGUUCCAGCAUCUUCAUCGGAGGCAGUUUUAUCCUCAAAAAGAAAGGACUUCUGAGGCUGGCACGGAAAGGAUCGAUGCGGGCAGGCCAGGGUGGUCAUGCAUAUCUAAAAGAAUGGCUAUGGUGGGCUGGUUUACUAUCAAUGGGAGCUGGUGAAGCAGCCAACUUCGCAGCAUAUGCCUUCGCUCCUGCAACUCUGGUCACCCCACUGGGAGCCCUCAGUGUGCUUGUCAGUGCGGUGCUGUCGUCGUACUUUCUGACGGAGCGGUUAAACCUGCACGGGAAGCUCGGCUGCCUGCUCAGCAUACUGGGCUCCACCACCAUGGUAAUUCAUGCUCCACAAGAGGAAGAGAUCAGCAGCCUCGAGCACAUGGCCAAAAAGCUGGUUGACCCAGGGUUUUUCAUCUUUGCCACUCUGGUCAUCAUUGUGGCCCUCAUCUUCAUAUUUGUUGUGGGUCCCCGCCAUGGUCAGACCAAUAUCCUUGUCUACAUCACCAUCUGCUCAGUAAUUGGGGCACUGUCUGUGUCCUGUGUCAAAGGACUGGGUAUUGCGAUCAAGGAAGCAAUCGCCGGGACAAACGUAGUGAGAAACCCACUGGCAUGGAUCUUGCUUUUGGGUUUAGUGGCCUGUGUGAGCACACAGAUCAACUACUUAAACAAGGCUCUGGACAUAUUCAACACCUCCCUGGUGACUCCCAUCUACUACGUGUUCUUCACCACAUCGGUGCUCUCCUGCUCCGCUAUCCUCUUCAAGGAGUGGGAGCACAUGGGCACAGACGACGUGAUCGGCACACUCAGUGGCUUCCUCACGAUCAUCGUGGGUAUCUUCUUGCUUCAUGCCUUCAAAGACGUUAGCGUUAGCUUGGCUACACUCGCUGUGUCCAUGAGGAAGGAAGAACGGUCCUUUCCCGCAGCCAACGGCAUGGCGCCACACAGCACAUACGAAAUGCUACACACUGAGGACAUGGAGGACAGAGAAAUGAGCUUACCUUUUGAUAGCGUCUCUAGAAGAAAUGGGGCUAUGACUUCCUCAUUGGAUCAUUAAGGAACUUCUUUUUUUCCUGCCCCGUACUGACUCACCAAUCGUGGCAUUGUUAUGGUAUAUGAAAACAGUAAGACAAUCAGCUGUAUUGGGAAAGUGACUUGGACAGACCAGUGGAUUGUAUUUAAUGUUUUAAUUUGCCUUACUUUUCUCAGAAUAUGACCUGUUCAUAUUCAGUUAGAACUUAAUUUCAUUCCUCUGUAGCGCUGUAAAUAUGAGUUUUUUUAAAGAAAUGUUUUGUUAUAUGUACAUGCAUAUUCAUGCACUGACUUACUUUCUAUAAAACAAGAUAAAAGUUUUAAUAUAUUCUAUAUGAGGUCCUGUUGACAAUGACCACAUUAAAACAGGACAGUCACUAUGAUUUGAGUUUUCGUGAUACUUGAAAGUAACAACAAUAUUUGUUGGAAGUUGUUCUGAACUUUUUGUUUCAAUGAAAAGCUCUUGAGAUGAACCAACAUCUUUGUUACAUAUUUAUUGAAUUAAAAUGAUUAAAACAUUUGAAAGAAGGCACAGUGAAUAAAUGCUUAACAUGA